AUGUCUUUCCACACGACUCAGAAAAGGACGACGACCUACCAGACCGUGAACGUGGCCUCUCCGGAGCCGGUGGCCAGCACGGUGAUCUCCUCCGAGUCGGUAUCCCAAAUGCCGUACGCGAUGAACGGCAACUAUGAGACGAUGCGGUACCUGGUCCCGGUGCAGCAGGCCGUGCAGCAGCAGUCCUACAUCCCAGUGCAGCAGCAGCAGUCCUACAUCCCGGUGCAGCAGCAGCAGUCCUACUACGUGAUCCAGCAGCCUAACGUCGUGAUGCAGCAGCCCAUGAUGCAGCAGGUGGUGUCCCCGGUGUACCUGCAGAGAAUGUCACACCUGAGCGCCAGCAGCCAGGACUCCGCCGACCAGAUGUACCAUCAUCAGGGCACCAUGGAGAGCAUCAGCAGGAAGUCUUCAGUGUUCAGCCAGUCAUCCAGUCCUAUCAAGAGCCCUGAGCCAAGUGCUGAGGAGGAGGAGGAGGAGGAGGAGGAGGAGGAGGAGGAGGAAGAACAGGUGGAGGUGGAAGAGGUGGAGAUUGUCAACGUCAUACAGCAGAAGCAGCAGCCGCUGAGUGUAGAGAAGAUCUUCAGGAAGGAGGUGAAGACCGAGCUGAGAGAAAUUCCCGAGCCGACCAAGUUGGACACGCGUUACUUUGGUGAGCUGCUGGCCGAUGUCUACCGGAAGAACUGUGACAUCCACUCCUGCAUCUCCGAGCAUGUGUCCAAAAUCCGUGGACAGAAUCACCUGCUGGAUCACAGCAAUGACUACAAGGUGGAUAGAGAGGAGGUGGAGGCUUUGCUUCCCAAAGGAGCCACUGAACUGACCAAACAACAAAUCCGCUACCUGCUGCAAACCCGCCUCACUGCAGAUAAGAGCAUGCGCCUGCUGCUGUCCACCUUCAGCAGUCUGAGAGAGGAGCUCCUCCACAUGUCUGAGGACCUGCGGCGUCUGGAGAGUGACAAGGAGUCUUUGGAGAGAGAUCUGAGUUUCAAAGCAGACCAGGCUCGGCAGUAUGACUGCCUCCUGGAGGCCGUCCGAGAAAACAACAGACAGCUCCAGAUUUCUUUGAAGGAAAGCAGCAGCGCCCAGCGUUCCCUGGAGAGCCAGCUUCUGAGCUCCCGAAGCAGCGACUCGAGCCGCGACUUCAGGAUCAAAGAGAUGGAGGGGAGGAUGAGAGCAGUGGAGAAGGAGAAUGAGAUACUCCGACAGAAGCUGGCAGGUCAGGGCAGCAGCACCAGCCUGCACAUCAAGACGGAAGAGUUGUCACGUCAGUACAAAGAUCAGCUCAACUCUUUGAGAGAAGAAAAAGACCAGGAGAUUCAGAGGCUGCGGAACCAGAUAACAACGAUCAGGACGGAGGUCACCACCGAGAACUCGUCCUCAGACCAGAGCCUCCAGCUGAAAAUCGCAGAGCUGCUCACCACUUUGCAGCAGCGGCAGACCACCAUCACCCGACAGGAGGAGGAGAUCAAGAGGCUGAUGCAGGAGAAGAGUGACAGCUCCAAGAACCAAGUCACCAAGACCAUCAUCACAAAGAGGUACAGGAACCAGUACCCUCUCCUUGGUCUGUUGAGCGACGACUACAAUGCCACCUCGCCCAUCAAAGAAGCCAAGACCAUUGUCAUCGAGAAGUCUGGGGAGAUGUACAAGCAGGAAAUCAUUACAACCCCUUAAAAGACACACUGCUUCUCUCCGACAGGAAUGAUUGAACAUAGAGAAGACCCAGACGUCACCCCCCCUUCCACUCUGCAUGCUCCUCCCCCCCCUCCCCUUCCGCUUCCCUCCCUCAUCCUCAGGGCUCCUAGGCUUGGUGAUGGUUGAAAUUGCCCCCCUCCCCCCUGCCCCAUAUUUGGGAUUGUUUGUUCAAAUCUUUGGUUUGACCAAAUUGGGCUGGUACCUGCUUUAUUUAGGCUUAAUAUGACAAGGAAACAAAUCUAUGCUACAGCCAGUAGGUGGUGCAAUGAAUCAUGACAACUGGGAACUGGUUAAGAUUUGAACAGAAGACAGUUUUGUAAAAAAAAAAAAUCUGAGCUGGGAUGAUUUACUAAUUGGCAAGAACAGCUACUUCCUCUAAUCUGAAUGUUUAAGUUAAAAACAUGUCAGACCACAGUUAACCAAGUAUGUCUCGAACUGGCCGUUGAUUGGCUGCCCUCCAUACUGCCCGCAGUAGUUGAAACUAAAGGUCAUGUGGAAAUGAUAAAAAUACAAAAUGUACAGAGCCCCUGAGGUGACAUGGAGGGGGG